GGCGGGCGGUGAUGCGAUAUGUAGCGCGGCCGCACGUAUCGACGACUUAACUGCGGGCGUCGAUGUCCUCUUACAGCUAACAAGUUCAAAUGGAAAAUACUACACAAGCUCCUACAGGUGUUGGCAUUCGCCGAGAACCUUCUAUCGACCCAGUGAAAGCACAGGGAAUUCUUACAUCAGUGAGUAAAAAAGAGAAACACGCUGCGCGCCUUUGGCAGCAACGAUGGGGUUUCCAUAAACACGUUCGAGAAAUGCAAGAAGAAGAAGCACUUAAAAUAGGAAUGUCCCUUGACGAUUACCGAGCAGCAGUUCGUUCAGUCAGCUGCAAGCCUGAUGAAGAGCUCGCCGUCAAAAUAGACCCGUCUCCAUCACAGCUACCAGCUACUAGUUCUGGUGUUAUUGGUCGACGCGCACGCUGCUCGCUGGAGAAGUUUGGACCAGUAGUGAAAACUUGCCGCGACUAUCCUAUCCGUUCUCCGCUACCGCGCGGACAAUUAUAUGACCCUUACAAGCAGACCGUCAUGUUUUUAGGGAGUGUAGAUGGAGAUCCAAUAUCCUACAAGUUGCCGCCAGCGAGGUGUGACGUCACAGAUAAAAUUUGGGGAUACCCGCAGCAACAAGACGUAACAAUAUUCGAUUUUGAUUCGUUAUUGUCAUGAUCAGGCGUCUGUUGGGACUUCCCCACUUUUGUAACAUCAGUGACCAGGGAUGUUCAAGUUGACGCGGUUAAUAACUAUUGUACUAAAAUUCGCAAUAUUCCUUGACGUGUAUUAAUUAUUAGAAAUGACUACUCAUACAUUAGCCAUUGCCGUGCUAUAACUAAAUUGUAUAGUGAUUAGUUAAGACAUCAUCCUAUUAA